GAGCACAUGAUCCUCUGCCGCUUCGCAGACCAGACGGCUGUCCAGCUGCCUUCAGAACGAUGCUUAAUAGGUAAACAGUGCAUGGGCCUGGUGGACCUGGACCGCUCCUGGGCAGCAGAGACUCAUGGGUACUCUGUCAGGGUGAUGACCAUGGAGCCAGACAGCUGCUCCCCCAAGAACAACAUGCUGGUGGGUGUUGCUGGAGGCGGGGCUGGAGGGGACAACUAUGCCACACAGUAAACCAGAGGCAUGUCAGUUGGCACCCAAAGGAAGGUCGAAAAACAAAAGGAACUACCUCGKCUUGUCCAAUAAYAAGACAGAUUUACGUMUGUUGUUGCAAAAUGUUUCGCUACGGUUUGCCCUAAUGAUCACGACCCAGGGUUGUGUUCAGUCGGGAGAAAACGUCUUGAAACCAAGUGAAUCAGGGAGGGAGGGACUUGUCCAAUAAGAAGAACAUAGAAUAGGACCCAACAUACAGUCAGUUUCAAACUGAGAAUACAGCACUGUAAGGAAACAAAAAGCAUCAGUCGCUGAACCAAGAUACUAAGUCAAAUCAAUCAUCUCGGAGGAGUUGAGGGAUUUGUCUUGAGAUCAGAGAAGAAUGAAUCACCCUGGUUGAAUUGAUGAUGAUGUUAUUUGACCUACAAUCAAGAAAAAGCCCUUUAGACCCUUUUCCCUGAUGAUGAUCUGGGGCAGGUGUCCAAGUGUUUAGUUCUCUUGGAAUGGUUUUAUGGGUAUUGGAACUGAGCAAUGUCUUUGUUUUAUCCCUUAAAUUAGUUUUAAUGAGCGGGCAAUUAUGUGGAUAUUGAAUUAAUAAACACACUGGAACUUGAGUGUACUCCAAAA